UCUAUCAUCACAAUGCUGCCAGUUGUUUUAGUCCCCCAGCAACAUGCAGCUACUUACCAUCCUUUCCUGAGGAGCAGUUGAUCAGCAUGAGACUCUCAGCAGGCCUCCUCUCGCUGUCUGUCUGUUUCUGUGUGUUUUCUUCUUCCUCUCCGUCUCUCUCCAACCCUGCAGACAAUCCAGGCUGCUUUAAAGUUAACAGCUGCAAAUGCAUCAUGAAGGAUGGCAGCGGAGUGAUAAACCUGAGAGCCAUGGGCGACGCAGACGGUUUCCUGGGGCGUUUGAGGGCCGUGCCAGUGGAGGGCCCAUCUGUGGACACACAGAUCCUCUUUUCCUUCAGCCCCUGUCAGCUCUUCUCUCAGCCAGAGGACCUGCUGGGAGGAAACUGCACCAACGUUGCUGCUUGCCUCAUCUUCAGGAAUCCAGGGGUCCAUGGACUCACCAGCCACUAUGUAAACUAUGGGACACAUGAAGGAAAUGAGUUCCACUAUAACCACACUCUGAAGAUGCUGUCUGUGAUGUAUUUCGCUCACAGGAAGCAGCCAAUGACUGCAGCUCAUUUCCACUGCAAUCCCAACCAGUCAUCCUCCAUCAUCCGACUGCAGAGCCUCAGCAGAGAGGGCCCCCUGCACAUCUGGGUGGAGAGCCCCUGCGCCUGUCCAAAUGCCUGCACUACUGGGGAUCUGGGUCUAGGCACCAUCUUCCUCAUCAUCCUCUCACUCAGUGCGGCUGCCUACUUCAUCCUUGGCUCCUGUGCACUCAGGCCGUUCCGAAGCCACAGCGGAGUGCAGAUAUCUCCGGAGGACAGUGUGUGGUGUAUGAUCUGCUUCCUCUGCAGCGAGAGACGACCGCAGUAAAGAUGCAAACCUGACGCAGCGCAACCGAGGAGCUGAGCAAUAUUCUAAGACUGAACUGGAUCUGAAGAAAUAACCGGAUUAGGUUUUUUUUUUUUUUUUAAGGCAUAACAGUUUAAUGUUUUA